AUGGCAGAGAAGUCACUUCAUACAGCGAGGAUUGUCUCGAGUAUUGCUGCAACAGCAAUCUCGUUGGCAUGCGGGUCCAAUUAUGUCUAUUCAGCAUGGGGACCUGCCUUCGCGGAGAAGCUCAAGCUCUCCUCAACAGAGCAGAACCUGAUUGGGCUUUCUGGUAACUUGGGAAUGUAUUCAAUGGGCAUACCUGUCGGAAUGUUGGUCGAUUCGAAAGGACCACGACCAGCUGUUGUAAUUGGGGCUCUAUUGCUGGCCGCGGGUUAUUUUCCUCUACACCAAGCAUACGACCGAGGAUCCGGAUCUAUGCCCCUACUAUGCAUGUUUUCAUUCUUCUCUGGAUUAGGAGGAUGUUCUGCAUUUGCUGCAGCGAUCAAGACAUCAGCCCUGAACUGGCCACAUCAUCGCGGGACAGCCACAGGAUUUCCCCUAGCAGCAUUCGGAUUGAGCGCGUUCUUCUUCUCGAUGUUCGCACAGUUUAUCAUGCCAGGAUCAACGGGAGACUUUUUGAUGCUUCUAGCAUGCGGAACUUUUGGAAUCGUCACUGUUGGAUUCUUCUUCCUUCGAGUUCUACCCCACCCCCACUAUACAGCAGUUCCGACAACGGCUACCCGUGCUCGAGCAGACUCGAAUCGGCUUCACAGGACAAAAUCAGAGGAGGCGAAACAUCGGGCUCAGCAGGGACUUCAAGAACCAGGGGAAGAGGUAGCCGAAGGCGUUAAUACCGAUACGGAAACCUCCUCCUUGAUGUCCAAAUCCACAUCGUCGAGCCUUGGGGAUGACCUUGAAGAAACCAAUAUUAAGGACCAUGCUCAUCGUACAGAUAUCCGAGGACUAAAAAUGCUUCCUAUGAUCGAAUUCUGGCAGCUUUUCAUGCUUAUGGGUAUUUUGACCGGAGUUGGUUUGAUGACUAUCAACAAUAUUGGGAACGACGCAAAUGCGUUGUGGCGGCAUUACGAUGAUUCCGUUAGCGACGAUUUUAUCAACAAGCGCCAAGCCAUGCACGUCUCUAUUCUGUCUGUGUGCAGUUUUGUUGGGCGCCUUUCAAGUGGUGUUGGCUCGGACUUUCUUCACAAAGUUCUACACGCCUCACGGUUAUGGUGUCUCACUAUCGCUGCCACCAUCUUCCUUGUUGCCCAAGUCCUCGCACUAUCUGUCGAAAACCCUCACUACCUAAGUUUAGUAUCUAGUCUUACUGGUCUAGCCUACGGCUUCCUCUUCGGAUGCUUCCCUUCGCUCGUUGCCGAAGCAUUUGGGGUUCAUGGCCUGAGCACAAACUGGGGAUGCAUGACGUUGAGCCCAGUCAUCAGUGGAAAUAUCUUUAACCUAUUCUACGGGUUUGUCUUCGAUAAGCACAGUAUCGUCAAGCCUGGAGGUGAGCGUGAAUGCACAGAGGGACUGGCAUGUUACCGCAGUGCAUAUAUCAUCACCGUAUUCGCCUGUCUUGCAGGACUCGCCAUCAGUUUAUGGAGUAUCUGGUAUACCCACCAGCUUCGCGAGAAAGAAGAGAGAGAUCUACAAGAGAGAGAAGCUUAA